AUGGGGUGCACGUCAUCCAAGCAACAAGCCGCGGCAGGGGCACCCGCUCCAGCAGCGGCUCCGCCCGCAGAUCUCGUCGUCAAACCGACCGAGGUUGCACAACCUGCAGAUGCUGCCGUAGGCGUCGCCACGGGUGCCGUCGGCGAGGCGGUUGCGGACAAGGCGGUGGACGUGGCGGCUGCUGAUGGCGCUGUGGAGGAUGCGACGGCCACCGUGCCCAAGGCUGAGGGUGCGCCGGAGACGGAGGCCGGCGAGCUGCCGCCUGUUUCGGACAUGGUGGCCAAGAUGGAAUCGGCGAUUGUUGGGCCCGACAGCACCGCCGCUGUAGUUGCCCCAGCGACCGAUGGCGGCCUCGGUGUAUCCGGACCGACCGUCGAUGCUGCACCCUCCGGCGAGAUGCCCGAUAUCGCUGUUGACACCCCCGCUGUCGAAGUCCCGGACGUGAGCGCUCCGGCCGUGGACGUUGUGGCUGCGGCACCCGAAGCGCCUUCCGUAUCUGUCGAGACGCCGGCGGUUGACACACCAGCGGUGGAGGUGCCGUCUGCGUCUGCUGAGGUUCCGGCGGUCGAUGCUCCGGCCGUGGAGGUUUCGGCACCGGCCGCCGAAGUUCCUUCCGCGUCCGUCAAGACCCCGGCUGUCGAGGUGCCGGCUGUUGACACUCCGGCUGUUGGCACGCCGGCGGUGGAGGUGCCGUCUGCAUCUGCUGAGGUGCCGGACGUGAGUGCUCCGGCAGCGGAGGUUGCUGCGGCGGUCGAAGCGCCUUCCGUGACGGCCGACACGCCGGCUGUUGACACGCCAGCUGUUGAAACACCAGCGGUGGAGACUCCGGCAGUUGACACAUUAGCAGUGGAACUUGCGGCAUCUGUCGUAGCGCCUGCCGUGGCUGUCGACACUCCGGCAGUUGACGCACCUGCCGUGGAGGUGCCGUCUGCGUCUGUUGAGGUCCCGGAUGCGACCGCCCCGGCGGCGGAGGUUGCGGCGGCGGCAGCAGCCGAGGUGCCUUCCGCUUCCGUCGAGAUCCCGGCCGUGGAGACUCCGGCAGUUGACACCCCGGCAGCUGAUGUGCCGGCCGUGGAUGUGCCGUCUGUCGGCGGUGAUGCCCGGUCCAUUGAGGUCCCGGCCGUGGGCGCUCCGGCCGUGGAGGUUGCAGCGGCGGAAGAGAUGCCUUCCGUGUCUGUCGAAACCCCGGCUGUCGAGGUGCCGGCUGUUGACACUCCGGCUGUCGAGGUGCCGUCUGCAUCUGUUGAGGUCCCCGAUGUGAGCGCUCCGGCCGUGGAGGUUGCGGCUGUCGACACCCCGGCCGUGGACGUGCCGUUUGUUGACACCCCGGCAGUGGAGGUCCCGGCUGUCAGCGUUGAAGCCCCGGUUGUUGACGUGAAGGCACCGGAAGUGCCUGGUAUCAGUGUUGCAGCCCCUGCGGUUGAGAUAAAGGCGCCGGAAGUUCCGUCUGUCGGUGUUGAAGCGCCUGAUGUGGAGGUGGAGGCGCCGGAAAUCCCGGCUGUGAGUGUGGAAACCCCUGCUGUUGAGGUGAAGGCGCCGGAAGUGCCUGAUGCCAGCGUUGAAGCCCCUGCUGUUGACGUGAAGUCACCGGAAAUCCCGGCUGUGAGUGUGGAAGCCCCUGCUGUCGAGGCGGAAGUGGCGGCUGUCAGCGUUGGAGCCCCUGCUGUUGACGUGAAGGCGCCGGAAAUCCCGGCUGUGAGUGUGGAAGCCCCUGCUGUCGAGGCGGAAGUCCCGGCUGUCAGCGUUGAAGCGCCUGCUGUUGACGUGAAGUCACCGGAAAUCCCGGAUGUGAGUGUGGAAGCCCCUGCUGUCGAGGCGGGAGUCCCGGCUGUCAGCGUUGAAGCGCCUGCUGUUGACGUGAAGGCGCCGGAAGUGCCUGAUGCCAGCGUUGAAGCCCCUGCUGUUGACGUGAAGUCACCGGAAAUCCCGGAUGUGAGUGUGGAAGCCCCUGCUGUCGAGGCGGAAGUGGCGGCUGUCAGCGUUGGAGCCCCUGCUGUUGACGUGAAGUCACCGGAAAUCCCGGCUGUGAGUGUGGAAGCCCCUGCUGUCGAGGUGAAGACACCGGAAGUGCCAUCAUUGAGUGUUGAGACCCCCGCUGUAGAUGUUGCGGCACCGGAGGCACCGGCUGUUGAGGUGAAGGCUCCCGAGGCAGCGGCUGCGGCUGCCGUUGCCGAGAAGACAGCGACGGGUGUUGAGAAGGCCGUGCUGAAGGGCGCGGCGGCGGCGGCGGCGGCGGCAGCGGCGGCGACCCCGGCAGUCACGGCACCAAAGGCGACCUUACAAAAGGGUUCCAACAGCACCUCCAGCAAGAAGAAGAAGAAGAGGAAGAACAAGAAGUAAGCGCCACGGAUUAGAGAUAAGCUAGUAAGUGCGGAUACACCGAAGGAACGUCUUGUUGCUUCUGUCGUGGUCUGAAUCGCCGGGACGGAACGAAAGAAGCCGGGGAUCGUUUUGUGGUACUGAUGUAGGUCUAGUGGUGGAUGGCCCUCGAAUGCCUUGGGAACGGCAGUUGCGUUUUCACGCGGCUGGAAGGGGGUCCCGCCCGAAGGCGCUUGGAUGCGUUACUGACUAGAUGUCCGCUACUGCUCUUGCCGCACGGUGCAGACAGGCAUGAUAACCGCCGUCACAAUGGGAUGGGCUUUGGUGGGUAGACGUAAGCCUUGGGUUUGGGAAAUAGCUAGGGUGAGCGUCGACGUGGGGGAGGAGGGCGGGUAAAAGACGGCGGCUUGAUGAUACUUUUUUCCGGGCGAAGCACUGCAGCAGUCGAAGAGAGAGGGAUGCUCCAUCAGCUGCAGCAGUUUGCUACCAGGAUUUUUUGACAAGGCCACCAGUUAUGUACGGGAAUAGUUUGGAUUUGUUUUCGCUUUUUUUUUUCGCAGUGAUGGCCACGGGAUGAGGGGUAAGUAGUUGUUUAAGGGUCGUUGCGGUAUACCUGGUACGUAUGUUCUUCUUGUUCUACAGUAGUCCCUGGACGUUGUCGAAAUAUUUUGUAAAGUACACCUUGUAGUUGGGAGAUAUCAUCUGGGGCUACAGUUAUAGGGUUUUCGUUCCACACGAGAGGAAUAAUAAUGUGAAUCAUUUGCGCAACACAAAAGUAUUGUACCUGUAGAGAACCUUUCGUCUUCUUCCUUGGGCGUUGGCCACCGGCCGCCUAAUAGGCUAGCACACAUACUUGGAACAGAUGGCGUUCUAGACGCUGAUUGCGCAAUUAGAGAGCGUGGGUGGCUAGGUAAUUUCCGUCUUCCGUUAACGGCUCAACGUGUCGGGCGCGAUUUAGGAGGCGUGUUAGCGCUACUCCUAUGACAUGCAUAGAUAUUUUUCCGUUCUAGUCUGUUUUUUGUUUCGCAUUUCUAGUUACCGUAAGACUUCGGUCCGUGCGUGUCUCAUGGAAGCAGGCGUGUUCGGGGUGGUGGUUGGGUUGGCUCGAUUGGAGGCGCCCGCACCGCCGUCGUUUUUUGACGCCCGUGACGAGGCCUGCUUACGGACUGAUGCUUUUCUAUUGAAUUAUUGCACGCAGGAAAUAAAUAACGUCACCACCAC